AUGGCACUACAUCAGCCUGUGGAGGUCAAACUGACUUUAUGGUGCAGAGGACAGGACCAUUAUCCCCAGUUUUUUAGUAGCGCUAACAUUAAUGAGGAAAAGUCAUACUUAAUCGAAGACAAGAAGAAAAUGGUGAACAGUUUUGGGUUUAAAGAUUCACACGAUAAAAGAAUUAAGAAUCGCUUUGAAGCCAGGCGUUUCAAUAUUUCGGAAGUUUGUCAAGCAGGAGAAGUGUAUCAGGUUUUGCCGAAAUUGGUUUCCAUAAAAGACAGGAACUUUUUAUAUGACUCAAAGCACAACUUUAUCUACUGUAUGGUUGAGAAGAUAGGAAGUACAUUCUGGAGAAGAGUAUUCCAUCUCCUUUAUCAUCCUCAAUACUCAAACUUGUACUCCAUUCCUCAUCAUCAUAUACACAAUGACUUGCUGCCGACAUUACGGAACUUCACUAUCGAAAAUUCCUUGAAAAUCAUUCAGACAUCCAAAAAGGCAAUGUUUGUCCGUGAGCCGUAUGCACGUGCCUUUUCUGGUUUUGUGGAUAAAUUAUACUCUCUCAACUAUUAUUACAUGCAUUCGUUAGGACGGGGAAUCAUUAAAGCAUUACGAAAGAAUGCAACACAAGCUAGUCUUGCAUGUGGUCAUGACAUGACUUUCGUUGAAUUCAUUAAAUACUUAGUGAUUAUGAAACAAAGGAAGCUUCAAAAUAAUGUUGAUGUGCAUUUCUCACAAAUUUACACCCACUGCCUACCAUGUGAGAUGAAAUAUGAUUUUGUUGGUACAAUGGAAAACUUUGACGAAGACGCCUCCUAUAUCAUCUCAAGAAGUCAACUUUUCCAAAAUACGUCUUUUGAGUUAUCAAAGAACGCUUCAGUGACGUUAUCCAUUUACCACGUGUUAAACGAAACUUUCAGUUUGAGGAAUAAGAUGGCACACUGUAUGACGUGGGAGGCCAUGUACACGCGCGCGUGGCGGACGCUACAGAUACGAGGGCUGAUCAGUCCUGACGCUCCAGUUCCCACCGCAACAAACGUUACCAUGGAUCUGUUAUAUCGGGAGGCAGUCAAAGUCAGUGACCCGUCACGUGUGUCCGAGUACAAACAUAAGUCCAUGAUAGAUAUUUACAGGACAGUGAGCAAACCGCUAUUGGAGAAGUUCAGAGAAUACGUUCUUCCAGACUGUAAACUGUUCGGUUAUGAUGACAGACCUUCAUAUCUCUUUGAUAGAACAUGA